AGCAGGCUGCGACUCGAGCAGCACGAGAAGAGAGCGCUUUGCCUGCGUGGCCGCCAGCGCUCCCCGCUCUAUCGCGGGAGGCGGAGAAACUAGGAGCUCAGCACCCUUCCUGACCAACAACUCCUCCCCGUUGACUGCAGCGAACGUGGCAGCCUGAAGAGGCUGGAGCAAAAGCGCUUCCCGAGCUUGUCCCUCCCCGGCCAUUUUAGAUUCUGGAGCCGGCAAGGAUCGGGGCGUGGAGGGCUCAGCACCGAGAAGUGUCGUCAGCUCCUGGCGAAGGAACGCCGCCGCUGCGAGGCCAGAGCGGCCGCCACCCUCCCUCUCCUUCACGGCCGCUGCAGUUUCAUUAAGCUGUGUCACUGAAGAAAAAUGAUGGAGGAAAGUGGUAUAGAGACAACUCCACCAGGAACCCCUCCUCCAAGCACAGCAGGGGUUACUGCUGUUGCCACCCCAGCCCCCAUCUCAUUAGCUGCUCCACUUCCUCCUCCAAACCUGUCUUCUUCCUCAUCUUUUCUUCCCCAAACAUUCUCCCCUCCUUUACCACCCACAGUGUCUUCACCUCCUUCUUUGCUAUCUCCAGCUCCUUUGCCUUUUGUACCUUCUGCAUCAAUUUCAACUGGUGCCCCCCUUGCUGUUCAUAAUCCACCUCCAAUCACAUCAGCUUUCAGUAGUUCCACUCCCUACCUCACAUCACCUCCUCCACUAACUUCCACUCCUGGCCCUGUGCUUUCUGCACCCCCGACUGGUCCUCCCAUUUCAGGUUUUUCUGUUACUUCUACCUAUGAUAUUACCAAAGGUCAUGCUGGGCGAGCACCGCAGACACCACUGAUGCCAUCUUUUUCUGCACCUCCAGUCACAGGUGUCCUGACAACUGCUGUAACACAGCAGACUUCUAUACCAUCAUCAUUAGCACCUGGUACUGGAAGUGGCUCCACAAUUACUUUCCCAGAGGAGCGUGAAGACCCCAGGGUAGUUGGCAUACCAAUGGAAUCAUCUGCUGGAGGACUAUGGGGCUUUAUAAAGGGUGUAGCUGGAAAUCCUAUGGUGAAAUCAGUACUUGAUAAAACCAAACAUUCUGUAGAGACCAUGAUUACAACACUGGAUCCUGGCAUGGCUCCUUACAUCAAAUCUGGGGGUGAGUUGGACAUUGUUGUCACUUCUGUAAAAGAGGUCAAGGUUGCAGCCAUAAGAGAUGCUUUCCAAGAAGUUUUUGGAAUGGCCACAGUUACAGGAGAAACUGGACAGUCAAACAUUGCACCACAGCCUGUUGGCUAUGCAGCUGGUUUGAAAGGAGCACAAGAAAGAAUUGACAGUUUGCGCAGGACAGGAGUGAUACACGAGAAACAGCCUGCUGUGUCUGUUGAGAAUUUUAUUGCAGAACUGCUUCCUGACAAGUGGUUUGACAUUGGUUGCUUAAUUGUAGAGGAUCCAAUCAAUGGUAUUCAUCUUGAAACAUUUACACAGGCAACACCAGUACCUCUGGAAUAUGUGCAACAGGCUCAAAAUCUGACUCCUCAGGAUUAUAACCUACGAUGGUCAGGUUUGCUGGUGACAGUGGGUGAAGUGCUAGAAAAGAAUUUACUUCAUGUCAACAGAACAGACUGGCAUGUUGCAUUCACUGGCAUGUCUCGUCAACAAAUGAUCUAUAGUGCGGCUAAAGCUAUAGCAGGAAUGUACAAGCAAUGUUUGCCAUCGAGGACCAUUUGAAAGGGGGAGGGGAAACCUCUGAACUUUGAAGAACAUUCAUUCCUCUGAUAGGUUUUGGAAGAAAUUGUUUUAUCUCCAGCUAUUUAGCAAUCCUAUACAAAUGCACCUCAGCUGUACAUUUUAUGAUUCUUUUUAAAAAGUGAAGGUAUCCUUUGGAACACGUAAGUGAACACUUCUCAAUAGUUUAAUGUAAUUAACAGUGCAAUUCUAAUCACAAUUACAUCUUUCUAACUACAUUGGAGUCAAUGGGCUUAGAAGGGUGCAGCUCUGUUUAGGAUUGCACUAAUAACUUUCCAAACAUAGAGAAUACCCAAAGGGGCAUAUUUUUAGCAAGGCCAAAGAACAUUAAAAUGAGAAUACAACUGAUGGGAUGCAUUUAGACACUAAAUUUUAAACACAAUUUUUUUCACAUUUUUAGAUGUAGAUCAAUGUGUAAUUGUUGCUAUAGGAAUGCCAAUUCAGAAUAAGCAUGGAAAGCAAGGUCAAAAUGAAUAAUCUCUCAUUGUAUGUUUGCAGGAGUAUGAUACUUAUGUGCAGAUGUCUACAGAAAUUAUUGGGCUUCCAGCAUAAAAUUUCUCUUUGCAGAUUCCCAUUUCAGCACCAGCAUGUUAAGAAUCAUGCAAAUAUAAUUUAAAAUGAUUGGAUAAGUAUCUGUUUCUCUGCCAAGGAACACAUCCCAAACCAGUUAACUGAAUCUCUGCAGUCAAAUGGAUUCUUCCUCCUACCCUUAUAACCAUAAUUUAUUUUGAGCUGGGACAGCAUGAAAGAUACACCUUAAAGAUACUGGGCAUUACUGGAUUGCUGUUGAAUAGGUUAAAUGAUAGGACUGAAGCACAGAAUAAGAAAAGAUGCUACCUUUUGUGUUUUUUAUUUGUUCUUGAAUACUUUUGUUGGCUUUAGUGACCUUUGAAACUGAAGGGAGAACAGUGAGACAUAAAUCUCUGUCAUGAUUGAUAAAUGAAAGUAUCUCAGCAGUACUGUAUAAUUCACUGAUGUUUGUCUAGUAACUUACUGAUCUAGAACUGUCAUUUAUUUUUCUUGCUACAGGAGAAUUGACAUCAAAUUAAUACAGUAAAUUAUAUUUCCCUAAAGCAGAAUAGACCCCUACUAUAUUAUUAGUUUUGGUUAUAUACUGUUUAACACGGCCAGGAUUUUGCCCACUGCAUCUAUGACCCCAUAUUCUAUGGUCUGGCACAAUUUCUGAUCCAAUUUGUAAAACUGCUUAUGGAAGAGAGAAUUUUGAUAUUCUUGUACUUUAUACAAAACUCAUUCCUUCUGCCUUAAAUAUAAGCUUCCUUAUUGAUACUAAGCUUUACAUUUUAUAGCAACUUUGAAAAGUAGUUUUAUAUUAAAUAUUCUGGUUAGGCAGUUUCUUAUAUUUCUAGCUGAUAUAAUAAACAUUUUUCCAUUCUUUUCUAAAAUUGUAAAUCAAAAUUAUAUAGAUUUUGUUCCUAUAGAAUUGUAAUUUCUUUUUGCUUUAAACUGUUAAGUAUGAUAGUAGUUCAUUGUUGAGUAUUUUAAGAGACUUCUUAAAACAACACAAAUACAGCUAUAGAUCGAUUCUAACAGCAUCAUUUUUCUGCAGAGUGGAAUUCUUUUGGCAAAAAGGAGGGGAGAAAAUCUUACAUUAUUUAGUUUGUAACUACACAAAUGAAGUAGAUGGCUAAUGCUUACCUACUCUUAUUUUUUCUCCUGCAUAAUUAAUCAAAAAUAAUACUCUUUGUUGAGAAUUUGUUGUCUUUUUGUUGGAAAAAUAUUUGAAAAGGAAUUUCCAGAAGCCUAUAAUGGCUCACGUCUGAAGUAUCAGCUAAGUAAGAUGUUCUUAAGACUAUUGUGGGUGAAAUAAAAUAAUGUCUUUCAUUCAAAA